CAGAAUUGGAUGUUUAUAUCCAGGUUCUGUUUUGUGACUAAAAGAGGAGAACUGACCUAUAGUUUUAUUUAUCCAAAGGAAUAUGCCCCGGAAUCAAUUCUGCUGUACUAUGAUGAACCAGGUCAAUGGCAGGCUGUAUAUAAAACUAAUACUAAUUGUUCAGUGAAGUAUAGUAAACUGAGUGUACAGAAUCACCAAGUUAUACAGCUUGAUGAUUCACAGGACUACGCAGCCUCCAGUUCAGGGUGUAAACUCAUGGAUCAAAAUGGCUACAAGUUUUAUAACUGUAGUGGAAAAAGAACAUUUCGUUCAUCUCGUGAACGCUGGUGGUUUAUUGCCCUGUCUAGAUGCGAGAAUAAACCUGGACAGCUGGAUUAUAACAUGCAUCUGACCAAUGGUGAACCAGAUGAAUUGCUCACUUACGAAUUCUCUGCUGAUGAAUUUUAUAUCCUACCAGUAGAUAUAGCGUUUUUACUUGGUUAUUUAAUCAUGGUAUUUUUAUCAAUCGUCGUAGCCGUCCAUCUAAAGAAUCGUCAGUUAUUCCACACCACCUAUAAAAUGUAUAUAGUGUCACUAGGAUUGUGGACGUUUCACUUGUUGUUAUUGAGUAUUGCUUAUGGUCGCUAUGGUGACAGUGGAUACCCGCAACCUAAAACUGUCCUGACAGCUCGUAUAUUUGGUGCAGCGAGUCUGUUGGUGUUUUUAUUAAUGUUGAUAUUGAUGGCGAAGGGGUACACGAUAACUAGGGGUCGCCUCAGUCAACAGGGUGCUAUUAAAAUAACAGUGUUUAUGUGUAUAUAUAUUGUUGUAUAUGCUGUACUCUUUAUUUGGGAAGCAGAGUUAUUUGAUCCUGGUAAAGUAUUGUAUCUAUAUGACAGUCCCCCUGGAUACGGGCUGGUUGCUAUGAGACUAAUUGGCUGGCUGUGGUUCCUGUAUGCCAUAUUUUUCACCCUGAAGAAUUUUCCAAGUAAAGGGGCGUUCUAUUAUCCCUUCUUUAUCUUCUAUACAAUAUGGUUUUGGGCUGGUCCUAUUAUAAUCAUGGUAGCUCAGCAUGCUCUGGAACUGUGGGUUCGUGAAAAGACAGUCAAUGGCGUUGAAAUGCUGAUUGCUUUACUUGGACAUCUCUUUUUCUUGGUUUUAACGCGACCAGGUGCAGCUAAUGGUAAUUUUCCCUAUCACGUUCGAACUUCACAGAUUGCUGCAAUGACAAAUGGACCUGAACAACAGGCCAGCACACACGAACAAAG